AUAUGCCGAAGCCCAAGCGUUACGAGAACGUACAGAACUCAGUUCACUCUGCAUCUACUUCACGAGGUGCAGCACAAUCUUCAUCAACAACUGAAUCAGAACCUUCACAUUUUCAUGAUACACCAUUACCUCAUCAACUACUGAAUCAGAAUCUUCGUCAACAACGGCUGACUUCAUUUCUUCAACCGUUACCACGGCGGACUCCUUCAGUUCAGGAUUCAGCACAGCCAACUCCAUCAGUUCAGACCACAACGCAGCAGAUUCCAUCAGGUCAAACCACAACACAGCUGAUUCCAUCAGGUCAAACCACAACGCAGGCGAUUCCAUCAAUUCAAACUGCGUCACAGUCGAAACCACCUAAAAAAUCUAGUGGACGUGAGUCUAUGUCACAUUGGACGGUAGAUGCAAUUGAUUCACAAGGAGCUAUCAAAAAACUCAAACUGAAGAAAACGGACGUGUUCAAUCUAUCUAAUGGAGAACGUAUUGUGGUUGAUUUUGACGACUUAGAUUCUCCUAUUGGCGAAGGACAAGGCAUUCUUGCAGGUUUUUGUGGAAUUUUAGCAAAAGACAGCUCCAUAUUUCCAGUUCACUUUGAAAAAUGGUCGGAUUUACCUGCAGCAUACUUCAACAAUUGCUUUGAUCAAUUUAUAAAGCCGCGAUUUUGUUUUAGGACCAGCGAGUCAAAUGCAAGGCGAUAUGCAUAUAGUUCGAUGUGUAAGAAGUGGGGUGCAAGAAGGCUAAAGUUGUUUAAUGCAAUUGAUGACCCACUUAAGAGCAGAGAUCAGAUAAGAGCUGAGGCAAUUAAUAAAGUUCCAGAUGGGAUUCCACGGGAUCAAUGGAUUUCUUAUGUUGAUUACCGCCUUAAAGAAAAAACAAGGGUAUUUAUUUAAAUGCUUCAAUUGGUAUGUGUAAUUAUAUAGCUAUUUGUUUAUAUAUCUUAACUUUUGAGUAUCUUUUUGUAAGGAAAUGUGCAAAAGAAAUACUGAAAUUCGGAAGACACAAACCAUUUCACACAUCGGUGGCUCCAAACCCAACUCCAGAAGAAGGGCUGAAAUGGUGAAUGUUUUUGCUUCAUUUUGGAUUACUUGAGUGAAACUAGAAUCUGUUCCUAGUUAGUUAAGUUAUUGUGGCUUUGAUUUUUCUAUUUAUAGAUGGCUAAUAGCGGACAAAAUCCUGGACGAGGUCAACUUUAUCUUGCUACUCAUAGGAAUGAAGAUGAAUCAUAUGUUAA